AUGAUUGGACACAUAAUAUGGAGAAAAGAAACCCAUGCUCGAAGCAAAUUUCACGGUGAAUGGGGUUUGCAAGCAUGUAGAUGUUGGCUAUGGCUCCGAUGGGGUUCUACACACCCGGCCAACAAAACAGAGUCCUUGGCGAGCCGUUGGUUCACGACUUAA